AUGAGAUUCCUGCUGAUGCUAUCCCUCAUUUCCCGAUUGCAGUCAGCCGAUUGCUGGUCUUCUCAGCAGUUACACAACAGCAGGACGCCAUCCAGAAUAUUUCGCCUCCCUCGGAGCACGCUGUCGACAACGCGGUUACGGGCGCAGCGACCAUCGACUACCGAAGAAACCGAGAGCGAAGACACCUUCUUCUUUCCAUGGUCCAAAUCAUCCAGUCAUAUGGAAAGUCAAGUGGAAUUGUUGGAUAAAAAGAAUGGAUUGCAGACGACACAAGACGACAAUCCAAGCUCUUCUAUUGUAGUCGGUGGACUACUUGCGGCUGUUGGGGUGAUUUCGGCGGUUGGGUAUACAGUUUUGAGAAAUUUUGACCUGAGUACUGUGGAUGUUGUUCAAACAGUCGAAAACAUAAUACAGGAUCCAACGGCAGCUCUUGACCAGGUGGUACAAAGUGUAGAUUCUAUGGGAGUCCUAGGUGUCUUCUAUUUUGGAGUGGCAUAUACAAUUGCUGAAGUCUUGGCGAUUCCUGCAAUCCCUCUCACGGCUUCGGCAGGAUACCUCUUUGGACCAUUGGUGGGAACCUCAGUGGUUCUAUUCAGUGCCUCCAUCGCCGCGGCAAUUAGCUUUGCGAUUGGACGGACUAUUCUAAGAACAUAUGUGGAAGGAGUCUUGGAGGAGUAUCCAAAUUUUGCAAAGAUCGAUCGUGCCAUUGGAAAAGAAGGAUUCAAACUGAUGUUUUUACUGCGAUUAUCUCCUUUGUUUCCAUUUGCGCUAUCAAACUACCUGUAUGGGGCUAGUUCGAUUGACUUUAGUUCCUUCUUCUUUGGAACCUUAUUCGGGUUUGCUCCGGGAACAUUGGCAUACGUGUACAGUGGAUACGUCGGAAAAGCGCUAACAGAUGGCGCCGAGGGUUCAUAUCCUUGGUAUGUUUAUGCCGGGGGAUUGACAAUUUUUGUCGGGUUUUUGAAAAUUGCUGCGGAUACAGCAACUCGAAUUGUUGGAGAGCUAGAAGACGAGGAAGAGGACGAGGCCAAUAGAUGA